CUGUUCAAUGUUCUUGUAAAUUUGGCAGGAAAAUCGCACCAGGAAGGUGGCAGAGCUCACGGCUUCACUGCAUUCAUCAUCUUGGUUCUCGGCAUGGAUGUCGGAGAGGUCAGUGUCCAUGGCGUUGAACAAGCCGGUGACAUCAGCGACGGCGCAAUCGCAAGGCUGGCCUCUGAGAUCGAGAGCCCGAGAGAAAUCAAACGGAACCGAAUGCAGAAGCUGCAAGACCUCGCGGCCAGCAUGCUGGAACUGUGGAACCUGAUGGACACGCCAUCGGAGGAGCAGAGGAGGUUCCAGAGCGUGGCCUGCAACGUCGCCACCUCCGAGGACGAGAUCACGAAGCCCAACGCCCUCUCCAUGGGCUUCAUAGACGUGGAGGCAGAGGUUGCGAGGCUCGAGAACCUCAAGGAGUGCAGGAUGAAAGACCUCGUCGUCAAGAAGUACGAGGAGCUCAAGGAGAUUCGUCGUCGCGCACGCUUACCGGAAGAGGAGGACGGCGACCGUCGCUGAUGUUCGACGCCAUUGACAGCGACGCUGAACGGUCUCUAAUCCUGGAGCGGCUGGAAGUGCAGAUCUCGGAGGCCAAGGAUCUGGAGUUCAGCAGGAAGGACGUUCUUGAGAGGAUGGAGAAAUUGCAGGCGGCGCUGGAGGAGUCUUGGCUCCAGG